CUAGAAAGUGUGUCCCGACCCCUAUUCACCCUGUUCACCCCGCUCUUGGCCGCUGUGGGGCAGUUGCGGGCAAAGCUGCCAGCCUAUACAUUAUCAAGGCUAUGGAAUCUAUUUGAACACCAUGUCUGUGCCUUCUUUUUUCGUCGCACCUGUGUCUGUCUGCAUCAGCUUUGCAAGAUGCGCAUCCUGGGCAUCCUCGUAUCUAUAGCGUCUUUGCUCAAUGUCGCCCUCGCAGAAUCCGAGACCAACCGAUUAGUAGAGGCAUUCACGAAGGUGCCGCCAUGUGCUCAAAAAUGUAGUGUGACAACGCUAAAGGCAGCCGGGUGCGAGCUGCUUGACGUUAGAAAUUGCUUUUGUUCGAAUGAGGACUUGCAAUUACAAGUAUCAGUCUGCGUUGUGGAAACAUGCAAAGUUGAAGACCAAGCCGCCGCGACACUCAUUCUCCAAAAUGGAAUAUGCUACGAUAUCCCACAACCUUCACGGAGUGCGGAGAUUAUACGAGACGUUAUCAUAAUCUCCGCAAUAACCUUUCCUAUUAUUGCCCUGAGAUUUGUCUCCAGGAGCCUUGUAUCAAACAGAUUAUGGUUAGACGAUUGGGCAGUUGUGGUUGCAGCUAUCCUGAUGAUUCCAAUGGUUGUUAUUCCAAUUUACAAUGCUACACUCGGCUUCGGAAGGCACUUCUGGGACGUUGACCCCAAAAAUGUCAUAAUACUUAGGAAGCUCUACUACAUUUCCCAAAUUUUCUAUCUUCUUGUACAAGGCCUGGCAAAGGUCUCUAUUCUCUUUUUAUACCUUCGGAUUUUCCCUGACAGACAGUUUCGCCGUAUCAUCCACAUAUCACUUGUGUGGAUGGCUUGCCGCACCAUUAUUUUCGUCUGCGUCGUUGUCUUCCAGUGCAUACCCGUUGCAGUCUCGUGGGACCAGUCGGUAGUUGGAAAAUGCGCGGAUCAGCAGGCAUUCGUGUAUUCGGGUGCUGCAGUGAGCAUUUUCGAGGACAUCGUUAUCAUGUUCCUCCCAGUUUACGAGUUGAAUGGAUUGACACUGAGUCUGAAGAAGAGGCUGGUUUUGGUCUUCAUGUUCGCCAUUGGGUCUUUCGCUUCCAUCACUUCCAUUAUUCGUCUCAAAUAUAUUGUCUCGUAUGGCACGACUAUCGAUUUGACUUAUGCCAACGUCGACCCUGUUAUAUGGAGUAUCCUCGAAUCAUUCACCGCAGUCAUCUGCUCGAGUCUCAUAUGCCUCCGCCCCCUGAUAGUAAAGAUCAUCCCCAAAUCGUUCCCCUCCACUGAAAUGAGUGAAGCAACACGCACCCCCACCACACCCGGCUGGGCCAAAUCGAUAAAUGUGAAGCUCGCCAGCAAAAUGCGGCAUACCAGUAACAGGUUCGAGCUCCACAGCCAAGGCGGCGACGGGUUGACGGCGGCAGACAACGUGAUCCGCGUGGAGAAGUCGUGGGUUACGGAAACUAGCCCUGCUGAUAGGGCUGCGAGCUUGGAAAUGAAGGGCCGUAGUAGUUGCAGCACGCUCACGACGGGGAAGACCUCGUGGGACCAGGGAGUUUAGGGAAUGGUUCCCGUAUCUCGUUAAUGUUAUGAUGUAUAUAUGUAUAUAGUCUUGUCGGUUAAAUGGGGGCGUCGGUGGUCAUACCCAAAUUAAUAAAUAAUUUAUACUGUG